GAAUUAUCAAUACAACAAACUCAUCUAUCAUCUCUCAACAUUUAUCUUUUGUUUCCAUAAUCAAAACUAUUUUCUUAUUCUUCUAAACUCACUUUUCCUUCUUCCUUUUCCAUCCUCUCCACCUCUUCCAUGCUCCAGUUUUCCGGCAAAGGCUCGUUGCCGGAAAAAUAGACCACGGAAGAGGUGUCCUAUAACGAAUUGUGAGGCCAUGAAUGAUUCGUAUGAAAACGAGUUCAACAUUAAUGAUGAUCAUACUAAUAUCCCUUUAGAUUUCACUGAAAAUCAUAAAAGCCUUAACAAUAAGGACCAAGAGGAUCAUGAUCACAAUCAUGAUCACGAUCAUGAUCGUUAUCAUGAUCAUUGUCAUGAUUGUGAUCAAGAACAAGAAUCGGCCGGAGAAGUUAGUGACGGAUCAGGAGUUGGAGGACCGAGUCCGGCUGAGAUUAAGCUCAAGAUAAAGAAAUCGUUGUUGGAGUUUCGAUGCAAAAUUCAGGAUGCGAUUCUCGGAAACUAUUUGUUAGGUGAAAGAGAUGUUGCAUUGACAAAGGAAAAUCUUAGAGAAAUAACUUUGUGGGGUGUUCCUUUGUUACCAAGCAAGGGACAUGAGGGUACUGAUAUUGUUUUGAGGAAAUUCUUAAAGGCGAAAGAUUUUAGAGUCAAUGAUGCAUUUGAGAUGUUGCAGAAGACAAUGAUUUGGAGGAUUAAGAAUAAUAUUGAUAAGAUUCUUGACGAAGAUUUGGGUUCGGAUUUUGAAAAUGUCGGGUUUUUGAAUAGUCGAGAUAAGGAAGGUCGUCCGGUUUGUUACCAUCUUUACGAGGUUUACAAACAGAAGGGUUUGUAUAAGAAGAUAUUUGGAACACAAGAGAAGUGUGAGUUGUUUUUGAGGUGGAGGAUUCAAAUGAUGGAAACUGCUGUUAAAAGGUUGUGUUUUAGAGGUGGAGUUGAUGGAAUUAUUCAGGUUUAUGAUUUGAAGAACGCGCCGCUUCAAGGAAUGAAAGAGCUUCACUCAAUCAGCAAAAAAGCUCUUCUGUUGUAUCAAAACUAUUAUCCGGAAAUCAUUUACAAAAAUAUUGUUGUAAAUGCACCAUUUUGGUUCUACACAUCACAAGUGCUAUUCUCAAGGUUUCUGAAUCAAAGAAAUAAAAAGAAGUUCAUCUUUGCAAGACCACCAAGGGUCACACCAAUUCUCCUCAAGUACAUAGCCCCAGAACAUCUUCCGGCUGAAUAUGGAGGUCUACGGAGGAACAACGACCAAGAUUUCACCGCUGAUGAUAAGGUUUUGGAGCAUAAAAUCCGAGCGAAUUCAGUUUCUAGAAUUGAAUUUCCAGUCCAUGAGUCUGGGGUGACGAUAAUGUGGGAUAUAACUGUUGUUGGAUGGGAUGUGACAUUCAAAGAAGAGUUCGUUCCAGACGAUGAAGGAUCAUACGUUAUAUUACUACAAAACCAAAAUGUUGUUGGCGACAGUACAAGAAACUCUUUCUAUAUCAGUGAACCGGGGAAGAUAUUGAUAACAGUUGAAAAUGGUAACUUCAAGAAGAAGAAAAUGUAUUAUAGAUCGAAAACACGAGUCACAGUUCCCAUGUUCAUCUUGCUAUCAUAACAAAUGGUGUUUUUUUCUUCCACUUGAUUUGAUGAUACUGUAUACUCUUUUGCUCUCAGUACGCCAGAAGCUACCGAAAUGAAAUUGAUGGCAGAUAGAUCAAUUUUACUUUCUGCUAAAGAUUCAUAUGGUAGUUCAUGAUGGCUACAUUUGAAUUUGAUUGCCUAUGUAUCCACCACAAGUUUUUUAACAUCUGAACCUCAAAGCCAUGAGUUGAUGGAAUAGAAAAUUUCGUGUUGUAGCUGUAGUUGUAAAUUAUGUUCUAAUUAGAAUUUUGUCUGCCAAAUAAAGUUUGAGAGUAUUGUAACUGCA